AUGGAGCAGAACGCGCGGCCAGAGGCGGACGCGGCGCAGACGACGCGGUGUCUGGAUGCGUUGUCGCCCGAAGCUGCUGACGUCGUCGCCGGCAGUGACGCGUUGCGUGCCGAGCAGGUGCAAGACGAGGAGACAGAGCUCGCAGCCGACCAAGCCGAAGCGGUCGCGCCGGCGCUGGAAAUCGAAAACGACAGAGCUGGUGACGAUGCGGCAGCAGGUGAUGAUGUCGUGCGUGCCGUGCAAGUGGGAACGGCCGAGGAAAGCGAUGGAGACGAUGAGCAGAGGGACGUGGAUGUGGACGAGGACGUGGCUGAUGUCGAGAAGUGCUUGAGCGCGGAGGAAACGGCCGACACAGUGGACACUCAGUUUGUGGCAGCGAGUGAAAACACUGGUGUGGAAGACGAGCGGAACGGUGCGGUCGGAGAGCUGGCAGCAGCACCUGUCGCUACGCAAGAAGCAGUACAUGCUGUGCAUGAAGUUGAAUCAAGUGACGUGUGGAAGCGCGAGUGUGAUGGAGCGACACAAGCCAAACUGUCACUAGAUGGAGGUGAUUGGAUGGCAGCUGCUAAUGGAGCUGAAGAAGGUGCUGAUCAGGAUGUCGGCAAGUUGAACGAUCCGUUGACAUUUGUGACGCUAGAACCAUGUGGUAAUAUGGCGCAAGAGCGGAUGAAAGUAGAAGGAUACUCGGAAUUGGCGUUGCCGAGUGGAGCUGACGCAGUAGACGGAUUGACACGCGCGAGUGGUGUUGCGGGAUAUCGGUCAGUCGCUGAGCUAGCAGUCGCGAGCCCCGAAGGUGCUUUGCGAUUUCCACAGAAAGUGGCACCGGACUCACCAGCUGUCAGGCAUGUCCUACCCGGCAGUGCUGCAGACCAGAGUACCGAGGACGUUACUGAUUUUGCAGCGCUAGAUGUGGACAUGGAAUCAGAGUCUGACGACCAGGAUGAAAGUGAAGAAACGACCGAGCACGGCGAGCACGCGACUAUCACAGCCGUCACAGAUUCUGCUGAGAAGGUGACACCCGUCGAUGCGAACUUGGAGGCGGUUUUGGAGAAGAUUCGAACCAAGCUUUCGUGCAAAACAGUCGAAGUAUUGGAAUCUGGCGAGAUACUUGCCUUGCCUAAGGGCUGGUCUACGCGUCAAAGCAAAAGCAAUGAUGGUAAAACGUACUAUGUGUCGCCUUACGGUCACACGCAGUGGUUGCGCCCUCCCAUGAAAACAGGUGUCAUCUACAAUUGGGUACAUGAGAUUGAGGUGACCUUCGGACACGGCCGACUGGGACUCAAUCUGAAACAAAUUGCUGGUGUUCCAGGUACAGUGUUCACUGACCUUCAGGUCCAUAUUGCAGAGAUUUACAAACUGCCAAACGGAAUGGCGAGUCCCGCUGAGAUUUACAACUGGAGCAUGAAGCCCGAAAAGCGUCUCGCUGUGAACAUGCGUGUUACGAUGAUGAAUGGGAUUCCACUGACCGGCUACACCUACUCGGAGGUACUUGAACUGCUUGCUCGUUUGGUACGCCCUGUUCGCAUUAAGUUUGCUGACAUUACAAAAGGCAUUGUGGGUCGGGUCGAGGAAGAAGCCCUACUUGAGGAGACGGAAGAAGUCAAAGAAGCUCGUGCAGCUCGAUUGAUGCAGAACUCACUCCGCAAGGAGUACUUCCAGGUCUUGGUGUGUAGUGAGCUUCAGAAACAGGUAUGGGCAGCGACAGACCGUCAUAUGUAUUUGAAACGCCUUGAGAUGGAAAAGAAGUGUGAGAUCAUGGAGACACAAGUCGAAAGAGUGCAGCAGCAUCAAGAAUCGUUGAGAAAGGAGCGUGAGAAUUUGAUCCAAGAGGAACGUUUGCUUACAGUGAUGAUCGAGAAGCUGGACAAGCAAGCAGCGGGUGAAAUUGAGUCACCCGAAGUGUUGAGGACGGCAGAACUGGUUCGGCGAUCAAUGGAACUCGAAAAGGACGUCACCGACCUUAUUGCCGAGAACAGCGCAUUGCGAUCAGCGCGCGCCGAAACAGAGCAGACUCUCGAUAGCUUGCAAAAUGAGCUGGAUAAGUAUGGCGACCUUGGUAUGGAGGACCCGAGCGGGCAUCAGGAAAUCAAGUUCUUUUCGCCGGCGUUCUUGGGCUCGAUGGUGCAUAGAGGCUCAAUUGAUACUCGCGCUGUGGAUGCACGUGAGCAGCUUCUUAUCAAAGUUAAAGCACAAUGUGACCAUCUAGCCGAGGAGAUCAAAAUGGAAGAAGAGCGAACUAGAUUCGUGGAGUCAGAGAUAUACCAGUUCCGGAAUCAAAUGGACGUAGCUGCAGCAGCGGUCAAGCGCGAGGACGCCUUCAUUAGUGGGGAACGUCCGCCGCAAUUGAUAUUCUUGGAGAACAAGAUCGCACUGCUGCGGAAGAGCUUGCGAGAAACCGUGGCUGGAAUCGCGCAAGCAAAUCGCAGCGGAGAUCAGCAACAGGCCGACAACUUGUCGCUUCGGCGAGCAGAUCUGAAGGACGAUCUGAAAGUGGCAAUGGACGAGAUGCUGCGCAUGCAGAACGACUUGCAGGUUUUCUUUGACGUCGAUCAGGGCAAAAACGUUGUCUUGCAGCCCGCAGAUUCGUCGAUUGAUACGAUUGACAUUGAUGAAGCGCCACAGAGACGUCUGUCGGAGUCGAUGCGGUUACAGACUAAGCUUGGCAAGCUUCAAACGAAACUGCAUGAAACCGUUGCCGAGCUCGCGAAGGCUGCAGGUGAUGAGAACGAAGUACGAAAAAGCGAGCUCAGCAAGCAUCGGUUGCAACUGAAAGACGAGAUGAAGGUGGUGCAAGAUCAGUUCCAGGCAUUGACAAAUGGGACGCUGAAUGUGGUGGCCAAUGCAACGGAGCCGCAAUCGCGAUCAACUGUUGCUGGCCCACCGUCACAGCAAGAAGUCGCCCGAAGGAACACCGUUGGCUCUCGUGUGUCCGUCAGUGGUCUCCGAAGCUCGUUCGGGGGCAGAGUGUCCAUGUUCGGUGCUCAGAUUGUGCAGGGUGUCAGCAGGCAAUCGGCCAGCGCACAAAGAGGUUCGGAACGACUUGAACCUGAUUACGGCCGCGACAGCAACAAUGGUGCGUCGAUCAGCUCGUUCAUGCAAGACGCGAAUCAGAUCGGGUUGUUGCCAAGGAUGAGUGGUAUCCUGCGCAAGCACGCCACGCACUCCAACGAAAAGGGCGCAUUUGGUAAUAUGUCGCUGCGUGGUGUUCGCGAGCGGUGGUGCAACAUUGAGCCGGACGGGUAUCUCCGUUACUACAAGCGCGAGGGAGACCGGGAACCACGUGGUGCUAUCCCACUGAAGCACAAGUCGUUGGAGAUCCUGUAUGGCAAGGAUGUGGGCAAGCCCCAUGAGUUUAUGAUAUGCUCACCUACCCAGCAGACGCGAAUGCUUGCAAAGAAUCAGGAAGAGAUGCUCCAAUGGGUAAAGGUGCUGGGACUUGCCCAUGCUUACUUUCGGCAGCGGUUCAAUGACGGCCGAAAAGCGCCAGGUAGCGUCUCGUCGUCUACUGGUAGCGCUGCCGACCAGCCGGCGAACGCAGCAUCGCCGGAGACAGCAGACGCCGAACUCGCGUAUCGAAACAAACGCGCGACGCUUGGGUUCUGA